CCCGAAAGAGUUUGUGUGUUUUCAUCAGGGUGCCAUUUUGUCUCAUCGAGAGGGGGGGCACAGCGUCCGAGUUACCAGUCGAAUCUCCCCUUUGAUGGAUCGGAACGGAUCUCGGCCCACCCAGAACUACGAAUAGAGGUACGAAUAGAGGGCCGGCCUUGGCGAGUAGUCUCCGUCAAGAGAUCCAGUUGCUUGGGUUGCUUGGUAAUUCCUCACGUCAACGGCCCCAACUUGUCUAAAACCCCCCGGCGCUGAACAUCCGUGGGCCCCUCCAAAGGUCAAUGACGCCCCUCCCACGUCCUGCUUGAGCUUCAGACUCUUUAAGGGCGCCGGGGCCCUGCUCUUCGUCCGACCCUGCUAUCUUGGUUCUCCUGUUCUCUGUGAUAUCGUCUUCUUACAACCUUUAACUCUUUACAGUAAGAUAACAACAGUCAAUAUGGCAUCCAACCCUCCUGGACAAUGCUGCACCGUCGGUGUCAAGCACGAAGGCACCCCUCAGGGCAAGAAGAUCACCGUCGCCGGCAAGUAUGAGGGCUACCUCGCCGAGGCUCCCGCCGAUAAGGCGCACAAGAACACCGGCCUCCUCUACGUUGCCGACGUCUUUGGCAUCUGGAACAACUCCCAGCUGCUCGCCGACCAGUUCGCCGCCAAUGGCUACACCACCUUGAUUGUCGACCUCUUCAACAAGGACCAGUUGUCUGUCCCCAUGCCUGCGGGCUUUGAUAUCAUGAAGUGGUUCAGCGAGGGCAGCGAUGGCAAGAACCCCCAUACCAAGGAGACCGUUGACCCCAUUAUUGUCGAUACCCUCAAGUACAUGCAGACCGAUCUCGGUCUCACCAAUAUUGGUGGUCUCGGCUACUGCUUCGGCGCCAAGUACGUUGUCCGCCACUACAAGGACGGCAUCAAGGUCGGCUUCUCCGCCCACCCCAGCUUCGUCGAUGAGGAGGAGCUCGCCGCCAUCACCGGCCCCUUCUCCAUCGCCGCCGCCGAAACCGACAGCAUCUUCCCCGCCGAGAAGCGUCACAAGUCUGAGGAGAUUCUGCAAAAGACCGGCCUGGCCUACCAGAUCAACCUCUACUCUGGCGUCGAGCACGGCUUCGCUGUCCGUUGCGACUUGAGCAAGAAGGUUCAAAAGUACGCUAAGGAGCAGGCCUUUUACCAAGCUGUCGCCUGGUUCGAUGAACACCUUGUUUGACUAGAUGAUGGACGUGGGGGAGAAGCCAGGCUGUGAAUGAUGGGUGCCGCAGCUGAUAUCAGAAUUGCGCGCGGAUUUAGGA